AUGUCGCAGGGAUCCGUCCCUAUUCCUCUUCGGCGCAAGUCCAGCCAGGGCACGUCCAUGCACAUUCAGCUUCCCCUCAAUUCGCCUCCCGCAGGAGGCUGGCAUCAUUCUGGACUGUGGCCCGAUGGCCAAUUCAGUGCGUCGAGUACGGCUCGCAUAACGUCCCCCCUGUCUGAACUACAUGAAUACCCAUUGGAACAUAAUGGACCAGCCGCUGUUCCGCCCCUUACUGGCCCGGAUGUGAUUGAUUCCGUAUGGCUUAACCCUAAGGAUGCCAGUCCGGAUGUGAGUCAGGACGCAGAGCACCAGCCUCCUACGCUCCCAGAGGGACUCAGCCCGCCCACUUUUACCGUGGAAGGCACCUCCCCGGGCGAUAAAUUCAACUUGACCAUACCUCGUUUGUCGACAUUGUUUCUGGGUGGCGAUGAAUCUCGGACUUUAGAUGAACAGGCCAAAUCUGACUCUUCAGGCUCGCCGCAGAUGACCCCGGAUAGUCCGCCCAAAACGCGAAGCCAUAUUGCGCUUCCGCCACGUUCAGGCUAUGCCAUGAGCGAUGAUUCGGAUAGUCUUCGAUCGGAUGGAGAGAGUUCUGUGGAUUCGGGGCGAAGCAGCACCGACUCGGGCUCGGACAACGAGACAGAAGAUGUGGAUGAAAACGAAGAAGAAGAUGUGGAUGAAAGCGAAGAUCGAAUCCGCAAAUGGCAAAUGGCACGCACUAUGCAGCGUGGUGAGCUUGAAGGUGCCCUUUCGUCGCCGUCAAGUCAUUCCUUUGGGGGUGUCGAAGAUACCUUGAACGACUCCGAUUCCGAAGAUGACCAUGAGGAGCAGAAGAAGACUGACUUAUCGCUACGACCCUCGUUCACCGGUGAUGAUGAUGGCCAGGAGAACAGUGGAUCGGAUGAUGGCUCCGCUGAUGGCGAUGAUGGUGAUGAGCUGGAAGAUGGACUCAGUUCGCUGGAGCGUAUUUUCCUUUUUGCCAAAAGCGAUCUGGCCUAUCACCGUGUGUUGGUAUCGCGCUGCUUGGCCGAGUGGAUUAAAGACGUGGAUUUGACAGACGCUGUUGAAUAUGUGAUACCCCUUCUGAAUGGACUGGCGACAGAUGAACUGGAAGUGAGCGCCGUAUUUGCUCCCGAGCUGGGUCGCCUUAUGUGGUUCUUUUUCCGUAACUGUCCUCUGGCUGAGCUGAGUGAGGAAGGGACUACGAAAGCCUGCGAGAAUGAGGAGAACGACAAUGAAGAAGAAGAACGCAUGCCACGUCCUAAAUUGCCUGUACAAACAUUCACAUCGUUACUGUGCACACUCUUGCUGAAUCCGAACAGCGCUGUGUCUGGCGCUACGCAAGCCUCUAUUGUGGAAUAUUUCCUUCGCAGUAAACAGUACGACGAGAUCCUUAAAGGCGAGGAUGCUGCCCUAUCUGAGGAAAUGCGCACGGCUGACCUGGUCGUGACCGGUAUGGCGCGGGAGAGGCAAGUGCCGCUGGUCCCCUACGAGUUUGGCGAAAAAGCACGACAUGCUGUGCUUGACGAGCUGUUUGAGCAUGUGGCGAUUGCGAUUUCGCGGGUGGAGACAUCGGAAGAGGCCGACAACAAGUCGGAUCUGGGUGAGAAUGAUCGUGAUUCCUUUGACGAGGAGUCAGCGGUGGGCCGUAUGAUGUCGGUCAACUUGCUGGCUGCCAUUACCGUCGAGGGAGGAUUCUCACAAGAGCAGUUGGUGCAGCGAGUCGUGCCUGAAAUUACCAGUUGGCCCUCGGACCCUGCCUUUUUCGUGCGGAAAGAAGUAGCAGCAGCGAUUGGUAUUAUCGGCAAGGCCUUGGUGAACGAGCAUACCAGCCUGAAAGAUCUGCACUUGGGCGAUGCGCCGCAGCGUCUCUUUGAAGCCAUCAAUAGAGUCCUACUGGACCAUGUAUGGCAAGUGCGGCAGGCUGCCUGCUAUUCUUUGCCGGGUGUGUUUGGGACACAAGCGCACAACCAAGCCCGGCGAGAGAACCUGGUAUUGAUCAUGAAAGCGCUAAAGCAAGAUAUCUCGCCCAACGUGCAACUAGCUGCUUUUGAAAUGAUCGGGGAGAUUAUCUACCUGUUCCAUGAAGACAACCAUGGGACGCCCGCAGAGUUGGUACAUCUGUUCCUGGGACAGCCCAUGGAUGGUGCAGACGCAGACGCGUCGUCCACGAAUGAGCUGCUGAACAAUCCUGACCUGUCGCUGAUUGUGGCCUUUAAUUUCCCUGCGGUGCUAUUGACGCUGGGCGCGAAGGAAUGGCCCAAGCUGCGGGAGAUGUACAUGGAGCUGAGCCAGCAUGUGUACGAAAAUGUACGCAAUACCCUAGCGGCCUCAAUCCAUGAGGUUGCCAAGAUCUUGGGCCCCGAUGUGACAAGUGAGGACCUGCUCCCUGUGGCAGAACGCUUCCUGCAUGACUCGUGUACCGACGUAACAGCGACGUUACUCGAGCAUAUUGAUGAGUUCUGGCUGAUUCUCCCGCCGGCCUUGACGAAAGAGCAACUGCGUCAGAUACCCGCACUAUGGCUCGCCCCCUAUGUACAGGACUGGCGUCUACGCAGGAGUAUCGCCUCGCAUAUUCCUGCCCUUGUACCUGCCCUUCUUUUGACGGAUGAAGAUGGGUGCCUUGUGACGCUAUUGCUCCUCGCGCUGAAUGACUCUGUGAGUGCCAUGCGUGAACUGGGUAUUCAAGCGACGCCGAUCAUCUACACUACCUUUGCCAAGCACGACCAAACCAUUGCGGACGGGUUCCUGUCCAUGCUGUGUGACCUAGCGAAAGCAUCGUCGUAUCGACAGCGUGUGACUUUCCUGCACAUUGUGUCGGCGUUGCUGCAGGAGGACGUGGAAAACGAUCGGUUUGAGCAGAUCUUGCUCCCCUACAUGGUGAUAUUGGCCACGGACGACGUGCUGGAUGUGGCCAUUGCGCUCGCGCAAACGUGCGAGAAGGCAUGGCAAUGCUGCAAGAGUGUGGAAGACACAGUGCCACAACCGCCUUUUGCGUUGGUCCAGAUCACAGCGACAUUGCUAGCCAGUACGUCGCCGUCUGUACGUGCGCCACUCCUCCCCUUCGCACCACAGGUGCGCGACACGGAGGUGCUGCCUGUGCCGCCACGUGAAGCUCGACAACUACGGUUGGGUCCUGCGCCAUCCGUCCUGGACUCGGCCAGCAUACCCACAACUGAUAUGAAAAGUGGCAAUGGUCCCGCUAUGGACGACACAUAUGCAUAG